AUGGGCGGUGGGAGCAACAACGCGAAGAAGAACGACAAAAGUCGCUCGUCGAGGAGCACACAACAACGCGUUGCUUCGAAAAAGGAUUUGGACACGUUUCGGGAGAUUUGUCAACUCGCGAGAAUAGAUUUCGAGAGGCACCGAGAGACGUUUUCCACCUCUUCGUUGAAGAAAUCGAGACGAGAGAAAUUGCUGGACAUUUACGCGGACGUGGAACAUUUAAUGAACGCGAAACGAGUCAAAGAGGCGGAGAAACCGAAGAUUUUGUUGAGGAAGAAGUGUUUGCAAUAUUUCUACGGCGGGUUGGAAGAGGAAGGAAGGGGUGGAGGCGAAGAAAAGGAAAAGGAAAAGGAGGAGGAGGAAAACAGGAAUGAGGAAACGUUUGAAGACAGAGAGAAGAAAGUAUCGAUGGAGUUGAAAAGAGCGAGAGUGAAGAAACCGAGCCGGUUUGAUCAAAGCGAAAUGGGCGCUUUGGUUGAAGCGGCGGGGGGCGGGACGACGAAGGUCGCGCCGCCGCCGCCGCCGCCGGCCUUGGUUGGAGUUCCGCAUGGACUACCUUCUUUUCACAUGCAACAACAACAACAACAACAACAACAACAACAAAUGAUGAUGAUGAUGCCACCGUAUCAGAUGCAGCAGCAGCAGCAGCAACUUUUUUAUGGUCAACAACAUCUGCAGCAACAACAAUAUCAGCAUCAGGCGAUUGGAAUGAGCGGGUAUCAAAUGCCGCCGCCGGUUCUCACGAGGCAACCGCUCGGGAUGCCACCGAUGAGCGUCAUAAGCGGUCAAGCGCAGUACCCGUCACCACCGCCGCCGUUGCAGCAGUUUCAGGAACAACAGCCGUUGCGGUUUGGCGUGCCCUCUGCGUUAGAAAGUAGAUUGACCCCCGGUGAUAGUAAUAGAAAGAGAGACCGCGGAGGUAUAGCGAUGGAUGACGAUUUGUACUCGAAACAAAACAAGAAGAAACGCGAGCAGAGAUUUAAUAAUAACGAGCAUUACGGGGAAGAGAUUGAGCGACCGAAGUCGGUCACGCGGACAGAUUCACCUCGAGGAGAAGUGACCAUGGCUGAAUUGAAAACCGGGAACAAACGCGCGGUGGGAACGAAUCAGUCCCUGACAAAAGCGUACAUGCGCCUGACCUCAGAUCCAAAAGCUUCGGAUAUUCGCCCUCCGGCGGUUUUAAAAAAAGCCUUGGCGUUAGUAGAAGAAAAAUGGAAGAGUCGAGAAUGGACGUACGAUCAGUUAAAAGAGCAAUUAAAGUCAAUCAGACAGGAUUUAACCGUGCAGCACGCGAAGGGCCCUUUGGCGGUUUCCGCGUACGAGACGCACGCGAGAGUUGCUCUAGAGCACGACGAUUUAGCCGAGUAUAACCAGUGUCAAACGGUUCUUAAAACGUUGCACGAACGGUACAUCAAUGAAGAGAAGUUUAAAGACUCGCGAGGUGAGUUUGCGGCAUAUAGAUUACUCUACGCGUUGAUCGCGGACGAAACGGCCAAGAAUGGUCGCCAACUUUUCACGGAGAUGAUUGAUUUGACCGAAGAGAACAUCGAGCACGACUUUGUGAAACAUGCCUUAGAAGCUAUUGUUUCAGUGAAAGGCUCAGAUAUUGUCAAAUUUUUCAAGCUUCGGAAAAUAGCACCGAAUUAUAAUUGGAACCUUAUGCAAAAGCACGCGAAUCGAUUGCGCGGGCACGCGUUGUUGGCGGUGUGUUCCAGUCACCGCCCAACGAUUCCGGUUUCAUUCUUUACGACGACGUUAGGUUUUGAGAACGAAGAAGAAACGAUGGAGUACUUAAAGAGCGACGAAAUCAAAGCCGUACUUAUCGAGAAAAAAGGCGAAACUCCGCUGGUGGAUUGUAAAAACACGCAGACGGCUCUGUUGUGA